AUGUGUACUCUGUAGGUACUUACUACUUGGUACCAAUUUAUCGAUUUAUCUUCUUACUUUUUCAGUUUUUGAAACGCACUAACGCAGUACGUUUAAAACUGACCUAUUUCGAUGUCUUUGUCGGUCUUGUACGAAUCGUUGUAAUGUCUACGAUAAACGUUUGACAAGCUACAACGAUGGAAAACCAGUCGAUUGAUAAAGCGGCUAUUGUAAGUCCACCGAGACAAGUGUUGCCUGGUUAUGUGGCACAACAGCCUCCACCACACAAUAACCAAAUACACUUGCAGACGGAUUUCACGUCUCCACCACCAACACAUCCCCAUGGGUUCUGGCCACAAGCUUUUCCCAAUUCAUGGCAAACACAGUUUCGUAUGCCCAGUCCUGCGCCACAGGCCAAAACUACCGUUACAAACACUACAACGUGCAAUAACAAUCCUCCCACGUUCAGUUCAUCUAGUAACAGUACUAUAAGAUCACCUUUGCCACGCUGGAGGUCGUUCAACAACACUGCACGUCAACGAACACCUUAUCAGUAUGGGAAUACUCCAAGAAACAAUUAUCCAAGACAGUUCUCUCAAAAUGCUAAUGGAAAUUUCUUUGCUAAUUCUCCACAAAAUCCACAAACACCAUCAUCAUCGUCAACACAAAAUUGGCCUCAAUUUAAUCAAAGACCUCGGUUUAUACCAAGGCAACAUAUGCGUAUGAACAGACCUCGUAGUUCCGUUCAAAAUCAAUCAAAUGGAACUAAUCAGGAAACAAAUGCUGUGACUGAAUGCAAAACACGUAAGCGCAAAUUAAAAUCACAACAAUCUGGAGAACCGCAGCGAGCUCAAAAACCAUGGAACCGCGAAGAUGCUGUAAAAGCAAUCGCUGCUGAGAUGGAACUUCGAACACCUAAAAACAAUCAACAAAUCAUGAUCAGAUUUCCAGAUCAUGAAAUUACGCGGCAAAUUGUUCAGAACUUUCAUACUGACAUCAAAUCUGUACAUUUCCAUACUCCAUGUAAUCCGAGGUAUUGUUAUGUGCAAGUACAACCAAGUGCAAAUAUUGAAAAUGUUGCAAAUGCGCUAAAUGAAACUUUUUUCCAACAUGAAAAAUUGAGGGUAGAAAUCAAAGAAAGUCAGUUUGAAGAAAAGGCAUUCCCGGAGUGCAUUGAUCCAUAUACAUUAUAUCUUGGAAAUUUGCCAACAAAUAUCACAUCUAAUGCUGUUAAAGAUGAAUUUCCAAAAGCCACUCGUGUUGACAUUGGGUUUGCUAAAAAAAUGAAGUACACAAGAUAUGCAUUUAUUAAAUUUUCUAAUGCGGAAGAUGCGAUACAAGCGUAUAAAGAAAAAUAUAAUUUGGUUAUUGAUAGCCGAUCAGUUGUGUUAAGAUUUAGACGUGGCAAAGGAAAUGUAAAUCCACCUGGACAGGUUGAUAAAUUACCAAAUGAGAUGAAUGAAUUUGACAUACAAAGUUUACGGAAAAAAAUCAAGAGAGAACCUGUAGAAGAAAAUAUUGAUGAAUAUGAUCCUCCUCCAAUUAAUGUAUCGAGAAUAGUUAAGCCCGAAAUGAUGGAAGAGGAUGAAUAUGAACAUGAUUCUGUGUAUGAAUCUAUACCAUAUGCAAAUGAUAUCAGUAUAAAAUCUGAGUGUCCAGAUUAUGAAGAUGAAUAUGAUGAACAAUAUUAUGAAGAGGAAGACACAAAUGUAUCUUACACUUUCCGAAGAAAUGAAACUGUCAGUAUGGAUGUAGUGCUUGCUGAUAACAAUAGUGUUCAGUGCAUUCAAACUGAUCACAGUGACGAUAUCACAAUUCCUACUGAAGUUGAGGAUGAAGAUAGACAAUGGAAUGAAAAACCUGAUGACGAAGAUGAGUUUGAUGUGCCAUAUUCAUUUGUAUCAAAAAAUCAAGUACUCUCAGAAAAUAACAAAGACAUUACUUUACCUAAAACCGAUGAAAUCAAUGAUGGUGGAAGCGACAAGGAAGAUCAAAGAUGGAACAAUUCAUCAGAUGAUGAUAAUGAUGAUGAUGGUGGUGCUGAAUACAAUUGGGAAGGAUUAAAUGAACAAAAGAAAUCUGAGAAACAAACGAAAGGAACGUCAAUCACAAGCGACAAGUCAGACUUCAAAUGAACUGAACUCACAAUACACCAUCUAUUCUAUUUUCCAAACUGUAUCAUUGAAAAUCGAUCUACAUUAAGGAUCCCUUCAGACAUUCCUCUGCAUUGCGUAUGUUUUAAUCCUAUAUAUUAUCAUAUUUAAUCAAUAUUAAUACUUGUUAAAGCUGUAUGCGUGAAUCGAUGAAUAUAGUCUUAGUAGUAAAUUUUCUUUCUGUACAAGGUGUUCCUCUAAAUAUCAUCAGACUUUUUUGAUUGGCCGCUAGUUCGGAAUCUCUGUGAAUAGAUGAAUGAAAUCCUCAUUCCAGCUCCCGCCUCUUGGCCAAUCGAGAAAAAUGCUUAAAACCAUCAUGGUACUCCAUAUAAACUAUUUAUGUAUAAGUUAUAGAAUAGUUCAAUUUCCUCAUAUAAUGUUAGUAUAUUAUAUUGUGUUUAUUUUUUUUAUAGUACUUUAUGUUGUACAAUAAUAACACUUAUAUAGUCGAUAUUAUAUAAUUUACACACAUCACAUAUUAUAACAUAAUAUAAAUUAUACAUAGUCUAUUAUGCGUACAUAAUACACAAUCAUAUUAAAUGUUAUAUUAAUAUUAUACCAUAAACUAGUUCCUCUAUAUUCAGUGUACAAACACACUUACAUUUUAACAUAGGUUAUACGCAUAUAUUGUCGUAUUUUUUCUUUUUAUAGUGAUGUACUUCCAACAUAAUUUAUAAAUUAAUUAUGUAAUUAGAAGAAAAAUACUUGUAUUUGUAUGUUGGAUGUACAUAAUUAAUGUCUGUUAAUUGUCCAUAAUGUGUUGUGAAGUUAUGUUUUUGAAUAUAAUAUUAUAAGUGUAUGGUAUACAUUAACAAAACUAUCCAUGUUAUAAGAUUUUUACAGGAAAGUCUUCAAAAUUGGAGGUUUUGCUUAAUCUUAAACUUGUGUAUUAACCGUGACAGCAUAAUAUUGUAUAAAAAAAAAUUUUGACGGAAAUAGAAUAUUGUAUUUUUUUUUUUUUUUUUUGUGUACCAAUAAGUCUGUGCUCAUUAUUGUCGUAUUAUAUAUUUUACUCUAAUUUUUUUCAUCUACUAAAUUUAGAUAUUUAAAUACUUAGGUAUAAGCCUAUUGCUGUUUUGGCUCUGCAUAAUUAACAAAUUGUAAAAAUUUUGAUUACAAUCAUUAUGCAUCAUGCUAUCAAACAUAUCGGGUAAUUUAUGUAUAUUUAUAUUGUAUAGCUUGCUUUAAAAUUAUGAUUUACAUAAUUUUUAAAUAAUUUACAUUAACAUAUUAUAUUAUGAUUAAAAUCAAAAGGAUUUUAAUUUAUAUAAUACAAUACUAUAGAUAUUUGUAUUAUAUAAUAUAUUAAAAUAAACUACAAACUCUUUGGAGUUUGUAGGUUAUAUGAAUAAGACUUUUAGACAAAACUCAUAUUAUUAUUACUAAAAUAUAUUAAAUUUAACUAAUUUAAGUUUAUGUAACAUCAUUAGGUACACUUUUUAAUUGCACAAUGUCCGACGAUUUAUUGGAUAAUCUUUUUUCUGUCUUUUCUUAUCAGGAAUUGUGAAUUAGAAUAGCUACUAUUAUUCAUUAUAUGUUUAAAUGUUUUGGUAUUAAUUAAAUAUAAAUUUUGGUUGGAUAACUGAUAUCUAGUUCUAGGCAAUAAAUGUUGUACUAAACUUCA